AAAAAAGAAAAGUCCCCUGUUUUUCUUUUGGUCAAAAACUUGGAUCGCCAAAACUCACUCCACUUGUGUCAAUCGCACGCCAAACUGGGCCGUCACGACAGGUCACACGCCCGCCGCCGCCCUGUUGACAGCCCUGGGAAGCUUUUUGCGUCAAUUCAUUUAUUAUUAUUACCCGCCAUCAUGUUAAUCCUGCGUGUGCCCACCACUCCUGUCCACCACAACUCUCACUCGUGUGCUUCUUGGGAUCCCACUUCACCAAGUAUUCGGAUCCCUCAUCCAAACUGGUAUCUAACUCGUGAGCAAGAAGAGACGACCGCUUCGCAGCAGAACCAUCAUCGUAGAAAACCCUACGAGAACAGUACCACCAAUAACCAUCCCACAAUCUCAAUUGAUAAACAUAUAUUCUCAAGACAAGCUGCACAAUCGCCUAUGCUCUUGGAAAACCACGACUACCGCAUAUCGCAGAUUUUAGCAACGGUUCUCAAGAUGAGCACUGCAGGCCCGGCCGCGCCCAGCGCCGUGAUACAGACGAACCCCCACCCCUCCACAGUGACACCUUUUGCCGAGUCAUCAACGAGGACCACAAUCAAUGGCGGGGACAAGGCCAAAUCGGACGCCUCGACCGGCGACGAUGCAACGCAGAAGAAGAAACACAGCCUCUUUGGUCUAGGCAACAAGAAACCAGUCGAGGAACCUCUCAGGACGCCUCCUCCCACCUCAAAUGCGACAACAAUUCCUGGACCAGCUCCCGUCACGCCGAGGGAGUCCCCGUCUCGGAGAACAACCGGAUCGCCUACGCCCGCGCGAGCCUUGUCCAACUCCCCAGGUCUCUCCCCUCGUCUCGGCUCGCCCGCUGGCUCCCAGAUCUUUGAGCGCGACGUUCAGGAGACGGCGGUCGCCUUGCCAACCUCGCCAGCGAUCCCUUCGCACAUUGCGACGGAAGAUCUGAUCCCCCCAGUGCUUGAUGCCUCGUCAGAGGCGAUUACAGAUGAUCGUAUCGAUCCGGAUACUGUUGAGAUUGUGACGCACACCUCGCACCAGCCCGCUGCCCUAGCUGUGACAGGCGCCGCAGUCAAUUCGGCCACGCAGUCGUUGUCUUCGCUGCACAACACAGUUGAGGGGUCAUGGGCCGAUCAGCUUGCUAGCUUCGAGCAUGACCGCAGUGGCGGCGGGGACGGGGCCAGCAAUUACGGAUCCCUUGACGCAUCCGACGUGAAGAGGCUGUCUUUCAUCUCGUUUGCCGAUGUUGUCCAAGCCGAGCACGGUCACGCUGCUGCCACGUCGCGGGAUAGCAUACACCUACCCGCAGGCCUGACGAGUCUCAACUCCCUGACGGCGCGAUCGCCUUCACCGGUCAGGUCGCCUGUUUCGUCGCAAGGUGGCGGGCCAACUGCCUCGUCACCACCGACGUCCAAGUCUGGGAGUAUCAGGGGCAUCGACGCAUCGCCAUCGCGUAAACCGCUGCUGGGGCUCAAUGCUGCCGCUGCUCUGGGCCCGAACAGCCCUCCGUUGAGCACUGCGACUUCACAUGUCGAGGGCGAUCUCAAGAUCGAGACAAUGUCGCAAGCUUUGCGUCGGACCGGCAGCGCAGAUCUCAGUGGAGUAACGAGUUUCCCGACCAGCCCGGUUGAGGGACCUUCGCGUUGAGAAAAGAAGAAAAGAAACUCAGGAUAGUAUAAGAAAGAGAGUUGGAUUUUGAUUUCUUUGUUACUUUUUUUUUUACUUUGUUUUUGUUUCUUGCUCUUAUGGAUACUCCCUUUCGCAAUUGGCUUUCUCUUUGGUAUUCAACCGUUACAUAAAAACGCCACUUUUUUGUCUUUUUUUUUCUUUUUUUUCUUUUUUCUUUUUUUUUUGCUGCGUGGAGAGGAAUUUGGGAAUUAGGUUUUGAAGAAGACUCCCGC